GCCCUCCAGAAGAUCGACCCCAACCUCAAGGCUUGCCAGGCUCUGAUUGUCGCCCCCACCCGUGAGUUGGCCCAGCAGAUCCAGAAGGUCGUCGUCGCCAUCGGUGACUUCAUGGAGAACAUCACCUGCCACGCCUGUAUCGGUGGUACCGGUGUCCGUGAGGACAUGAACACUCUCCGUGAGGGUCCUCAGGUCGUUGUCGGUACCCCCGGUCGUAUCCACGAUAUGAUCCAGCGUCGUGCCCUCAAGACCGACCAGAUGAAGCUCUUCAUCCUCGACGAGGCCGAUGAGAUGUUGUCCCGUGGUUUCACCGAGCAAAUCUACGACAUCUUCCAGCUGCUUCCCCAGUCCACCCAGGUCACCCUGCUGUCUGCCACCAUGCCCCAGGAUGUCCUCGAGGUGACCACCAAGUUCAUGCGCGACCCCGUCCGUAUCCUUGUCAAGAAGCAGGAACUCACCCUGGAGGGUAUCAAGCAGUUCUACAUUGCUGUUGAGAAGGAGGAGUGGAAGCUCGACACCCUGUCGGAUCUCUACGAGACCGUCACCAUCACCCAGGCUGUCAUCUUCUGUAACACCCGCAGAAAGGUCGACUGGCUCACCGACAAGCUGACUGCCCGUGACUUCACCGUCUCCGCCAUGCACGGUGAUAUGGAGCAGUCCCAGCGUGAUAUCAUCAUGAAGGAGUUCCGUUCCGGAUCUUCUCGUGUCCUGAUCGCCACCGAUCUGCUGGCCCGUGGUAUCGAUGUCCAGCAGGUUUCCCUGGUCAUCAACUACGACCUCCCCUCCAACCGUGAGAACUACAUUCACCGUAUCGGUCGUGGUGGUCGUUUCGGUCGUAAGGGUGUUGCCAUCAACUUCGUCACCGCUGAUGACGUCCGUAUGAUGCGUGAGAUCGAGCAGUUCUACAGCACCCAGAUCGAGGAGAUGCCCAUGAACGUUGCUGACCUCAUCUAAACUUCUCAAUUCCGAGCCACCUUAUGUCUCUCGAUGCGGAUUACGAAUGCAGUUGCCAAUAACGGUCCAAGGGUAAGCUGCGGUGGAAAAGGCGUUUUGACAUCAUCGUUGCUUCUCUGGGCUAAGGAGAAUCCU